UUCUUUUCUUAUCUCUUUGUCUUUUAUGAUUACUUGGACAUACUUGUUGAUAGCCUUGACUGGUAUUUUCUUGGUGGUCAAUGCAUCACAUGUCCAAUUAGACAAGAGAGCAGGUACUGCUUAUAAUUACUGGACUACAAAAGCAUGGGGAGUCAACCUCGGUAACUGGCUUAUCUUGGAAAAGUGGAUGAAUCCUUCCUUCUUUGAGCAAUAUGCAUCUAAAGCGAAGGAUGAAUGGACGUUUUGUCAACAAGCUUCUGACCCUGCUAAAAUUUUGAAGCAACAUUGGGAUACAUGGGUCACUGAAGAUGAUUUUAAGAAAUUGGCAAUGGCUAAAGUAAAUCAUGUUCGUAUUCCCGUAGGAUAUUGGGCCUUUAUCAAACCUGAUUCAGCCGAGCCUUAUAUCUUUACUGGUCAAAAAGCACAAAUUCAACGUGUUCUUGGUUACUGCAAAAAAUAUGAUAUGUAUGCUAUCAUUGAUUUGCAUGGCCUUCCUGGUUCACAAAACGGAAACGAUCAUUCUGGUCGUUCAGGACCUAUUGGAUUUUAUUCUGACUAUAAUAUCAAGCGUAGCCUCCAGGUAGUACAAGCUGUUGUGGGCUGGAUGAAUGGUUUAGAGAGUAGUUUGAAAGGCAGAAUCUCAGCCAUAGAGUCUGCCAAUGAACCACACGCCGAUACAGAUGCACAUUUUAAACAGCUCAAAAAUUAUUAUCAACAAGCGUACAAAAUCAUUCAGUCCUCUUCUUUCAAAGUACCUAUGCUUUUCCAUGAUGCCUUUAAAGGGCUGGACGCAUGGAAAGAUUUUCUGACUGCUUCUGCUAAUGCUGUCAUUGAUCUUCAUCCUUAUUAUGCUUUCCCUCCCAACAAAAAUAAGACAUCAAUCAUUGAAGGUAUUUGCAACACCAAGUCCCAAGCCAAGUCUUUUCAUCUUCCUGUAUUCUUUGGCGAAUGGUCUGUUGCUUCUGGCGUAUCUAAUUCGAGCGAAUGGCUGAAAAUAAUGAUGGAUACCCAAGUCUCUGUUUAUAAAAAUAGUGGUGUUGGCGGUACUUUUUGGUCUCUCAAAAACAAGAUCAAUUCGAACGUUUGGUCUUUUGAGCAACUAUUAGAUCAAGAUAUCAUUUCAAACAAAACUUUUUCAGAUUCUCCCGAUCAUCAAUGCUAAAGAAAAGCAGGUCUUUUCAUUAGAGGAAAAUAAAUCAUAACUAGC